AUGGAGGAGGAAGUGAAGGAGAUGAAGAAGGAAAUACUAAGGCUACCUGGCCACUUCCAGGGAGGGGCGUGGGUGUGGGCCGUGAUUCACUGCGGCGAUGGAGUGAGUGAGUUGCAACCCGCCCAGCCCCGCACUCACGCCCACUACACUGUCAAGCUGGUCUCUCCCGCUGGGGCAACCAUCGACAACCCUUCGCGUGUCAGACUGGUAGUGUAUUCGUGCGGACAGCUGGCCUCCUCCUGCACCGCCUGCGCCUCCGUUAACGCCACUUACUCCUGUGGGUGGUGUGUGGUCGCCCAGGCCUGCACCACACACGCGCACUGUCCCGGCGCCUCGUGGGUUGGGCCGGGACGCUCCUGUGACCUAGAGGAGCAGCGGAAGAUCCAGGAUGAGAGCGUUGGGGAGCCGGAAGUGUCUGAAGAGGGUCUGCUUGGCCUUGGCGAGCCUCUGCACCAUCUGGGAGAGGAGGCCAAGAAUGACUUAGACCUGGACCUAGCGAGAGGUCUUCUGGGAGGCGCUGACCAACCUUCCCUGAGUGUUGACGAGGACGAGGACGAGGAGUCGAAGCCCGCCGAGAGGAGACGUGGGAAGAGGAAGAAGGCCCAGAAAAAUAACAACGGCGGCGACGGGCUUGAGGAGCAAGAAGAGGAAGAGGAGGAGGAGGGAGACGAGGAUGAAAGUGGCGGUGGUGAUGGAGAAAUUGCUGCUGACGGAUCAAGGAGGGGAGGUCGUGUCGGUGGCAGGAAGAGAUCAGGUCGCAAGGCGCUGAAAGGCAAGUUGAAAGUCACAGGGAAAGGUCGAUCCUUCCUCCGUCUUCCCCAGCACCCAGGACUCUACGUGGCCAGGAACACGUGGCGCCUACACACGGGGCGACAGUAUUACAUCCCGGUGAGCAAGAAGACCCUCAUCAACCUGGGUUUCGUGAGGCAGGUGACCUUCGGCAGCCUGGCACAGGAGAAGACCAGAACCGUGCUCAUCAACGGCGCCUGGAAGAAAGCUGCAGGUUACUACGUGGAUCUGUACGAGAAGGUGGACAAUCCGCCCGUCACCUCACUCAUCACCAUCAGCAGGAACGUCUUCGAGCAGCUCAUGACGCAGCUCUCCGUGGACCAGUAACGGCGACGACGAAGACGAAGACGGCGACACACGCGGAGGUUCGGAGAAGAGCGCGAAGUAGGAGAUAGGAGGAAAACAAACAUUUAGGUUGACGAGAGAGAGAGAGAGAGAGAGAGAGAGAGAGAGAGAGAGAGAGAGAGAGAGAGAGAGAGAGAGAGAGAGAGAGAGAGAGAGUCCUUAUGUUAAACUUUGUAUGUAGUUUACUGCAGCUCUUCCUCACAAACUAAUAUACUGUUGCCGUCGAGUGUGCAACUGUAAUCCGUAUGGAGUUAUAACGUGCAUGGAACACUGCAUAGCCUUACUGGACUGUAGACUGCACGGAACUGUACGUAGCUAGCAAGUGACUGUAUGUUGCACGGAACUGUAACUAGCGAAAGACGAACUGUAGACUGUAUGUAACUUUAGCUAGCACGAUAUUUUAGAUUCUACGUCGCUGUAGACUGUACGUGACUGUAUUACUAGUGACUGUUGCUUCCGUGCGGCUACAGUUAACUAAUAAGUCAUUUCUACCUUGCUUUCUUGUAUGAAGCUAUACUUUUAUACAGAAGUGUACGAUUAGAGCGGUUUUCUUAUACCUCUUUAUGCACUCAGGAAAGUCUGAGAAUCUGUAAUCCUUAUAAUGACAACCUUCUCUUCUUAUCAUUCUGACUUGUAAAUACUCGUGUAGGUUUCCAGGCAAAGGCGUUAUAAUAAUAGUAAUAAUAAUAAUAAUAAUAAUAAUAAUAAUAAUAAUAAUAAUAAUAAUAAUAAUAAUAAUAAUAAUCACUAUUUUCCAUAUG